AGACUUCACGGCCGUGUUGUUGGAUGUGAUGGGCAACUCCACCAGUUACCUUCAGGAGCUUUUCAAAUCCAGCUCCAUUCUCUCAGUGAACCAAAAGAACAGUUCUGACUGCAUCUAUAUCUGUGUGAUGGCGGGCAAAUCAGAAAAGGAUCUGGAUGAGCUGUGGAACCUGGACUUGAUCACUCCGCUGUUCAACCAGACCAUCACUGAGCACACUCACACAGAGGCAACACUGGCUUCUCUUGCCACCCUGACGACAACUGCACCUACCACCACCACCAAGUCUCCACACAUUGAGAAACCAGGCUGCCCGUGGAGAGUAGAGCUGACCCUGAGAGAGGACCUGAAGGAAAGCAACCUAUUCCAGGACGUGCCCAGAGAGGACCUGAAGGAGAGCAGUCUGUCUGUGGGGAAGCUGCAGCCCUGUGUGUUUGAGCUCUGCAAGUUCUACAACCAGUGCCUGUGCAGGGCACACACACACACACACAGCAGGUUCUGUGAGGACAGUCUGGGCUGGUAUGAGAAGCACACCCAUGAAAUCUGCACUCGAGUGAGGAGAGUUACCUUUUCAAGAAGUUUGAAACAGCGGUGCCUGUCUCGGAUUUGUGUGAAGAAACAGUGAUCUUCUCAAGUCCACCAGACAAUCCUGCACACUUCACUGUGUGUGUGUGUGUUUGCUUGAGUGUGUGUGUGGUCAUUUGUGCUCACUGUG